AUGUCUAAAAUCACAGCGACUGCUCCAACCAAAGUUAUCCUCACAGGUGAGCAUGCUGUUGUUUAUGGCAAACAAGCUAUUGGAGCAGCUUUAAACCUUCCUACAACAGUAUCCUUAACCAUUCACAGCAAUUCUAGCAAUCCAGGAAUUUGUCUUGAAAUGAAAGAACAAUUUUUUUAUAUUGUAAUUUCUAUAUAGUCAUGGGAAGAAGCAGCAGAACGCAGAGGAGAAAUCUCAACCAAAGGCAUUUUAUCUCUUUUAACCUUAAAAGUUUACCCAGAAAACCCAACCGAUUUAUUCGAAUACAAAAUUGACAUCUCUUUACCAUUAGGCUGCGGGCUAGGAACCAGUGCUUCAUUAUGUGUCGCUGUGUCUGGAGUUUUACUUGUAAAUAACAAUUAGAAAAGCAAAAAUCCAGAUGCAACUCCUGAACAAAUAAAUAACUUGGCUUUUGAAGGGGAAAAUUGUAUUCAUGGGAAAGCGUCAGGAAUUGAUAAUACAAUUGUGACUUAUGGAGGAAUAUUAAGCUUCAAAGACGGGCAGAUCACACCAGUAGAAUUUGAUGAUUCUAAAGCUAAAAUUCUAUUAGUCUCAUCAGGAGUACCUAAAAAUACUGGGAAAAUGGUCAAAGGGGUCGCUAAUCAGCUUGCUAUGUACCCUGGAGUAAUAUUAAAUUAGUUAACUGAAGGGAUUUUCCAUAGUAUUGACUGCUUAUCAAAAAAUUUGGUAACAGCUCUUGAAGCGCAACAAUAUGACCAUGUAAAAGAACUAUUGAAAAUUAAUCAUGGACUGUUGUGGAGCUUAGGAGUUAGUUCAGAAUUAUUAAAUGAUAUUGUAAAGUAAAAAAAAUUUAGCACAGGGCUCAAAUAUGGAAUUAAAGGAAAGCUGACAGGAGCUGGCGGAGGAGGAUUUUGCUUAUUCUUUGUUACUGAUGAAGAUACUGCAGGGUUCUUGCAGGAAUGUGCAAGUCAUGGUUGGAACGUUAUUGAAGCAUCUUUAACCCAUUAUGGUAUUAAGUUUGAGCUUAGUUAA